GUAUUACAGUAUGUUAAUUGCUCUAGCCCUGUAGUGUCUGGAGCAAGGCCCUAUAUAUAUAUACCCCUAUAUAUGGUCUGGAGCAAGGCUGGAGUAAUAAUAAACACAGCCAGGAACUGACGAGUGGAGAGCUUUGGAUUACACUUGUCAAUUGUCAUUGAACAUAGAAGAUGGGAAAUGCAGAUUCUAAAGCAAGUUUCAGACAAGCUCUUUUGCAGCUCACAUCAAAGUCCCAGCCAGUGGACCCCUCCGAUACCCGUUUCUGGGACCAGUUCUGGUCCGAGUCGGUAGCUUCCGUUGAAGAUGUGUUCGCCCAGACUCCAGCCGCCGACAUCCGGGCGCUGCGUGAAGAGAUGCCGGCGAACAUGGCGACUGUCUGCUUCAAGGCGGUGGAGAAGCUGCUGAAGGCCUCCGAGACGGGAUGUUCCACGCAGCAGGAACAGCAGACAGUGCUCAACUGCGUGCGCGUGCUCACACGCCUUCUACCCUACAUCUUCGAGGACUCCGACUGGAGUGGCUUCUUCUGGACGAGCGCUCGGCCAGCCGGUGAGCCGCAGGAUGGGCCCGAGCCACUGCCGCUCGCGCAGACUCUCAUGGUGGCGCUUUGUGACCUGCUCUUCUGCCCGGACUUUACCGUGACGCCCAGCAAGGCUGGUGCCGGCGUGGACCAGCACGAGGAUGUGCAGUCCAUCGACAGCUGUGAGUACAUCUGGGAGGCCGGCGUCGGCUUCAGCAGUCCCGUCACCCACAGUUCGGCUCACGACAGCAACCGCACCGAGAUCCUGAAGCUGCUGCUCACCUGCUUCUCACAGACUAUGUAUCUGCUGCCCAGCGACGGGGCCCAGGCCGGGCCGAACCGCUGGGUGCAGUUCUUCACGUCUGCCGAGAACCGACAUGCCCUGCCUCUGUUCACCUCGCUGCUGAACCUGGUGUGCGCCUACGACCCUGUCGGCAUGGGCCUGCCGUACAACCACCUCUUGUUUAACGACAAACGCGAGGCCCUAAUGGAGACAGCCCUGCAGAUUCUCAUUGUGACGCUCGACCAUGACUCCACUGCCAGUCGGGCUGAUGACGAGCGCUCUCCGGACAACCUGUUCAUCAACUACCUGUCACGGAUUCAUCGCGAGGAGGACUUUGACUUCAUCCUCAAAGGGUUUACUCGUCUUUUGAACAACCCGCUGACUCAGACUUACCUGCCGCAUUCGACCAAGAAGGUGCACGCCCAUCAGGAGCUGCUGGUGUUCUUCUGGAAGUGCUGUGACUACAACAAGAAACUGCUCUUCUUCGUGCUCAAGUCGAGCGACGUCCUACAGAUCACGGUCCCCAUUCUGUACCACUUGAACGAGUGCAGAGCCGACCAGGCCCGCGUGGGUCUCAUGCACAUUGGUGUCUUCAUUCUGCUUCUGCUGAGUGGGGAGAGGAACUUUGGCGUCAGGCUGAACAAGCCCUACACGGCGGCUGUGGCCAUGGAUGUGCCCGUCUUCUCAGGAACUCAUGGCGAUCUGCUGAUCAUCGUGUUUCACAAGAUCAUCACCACGGGCCACCAGAGACUGCAGCCACUGUUCGACUGUCUGCUCACGAUCCUCGUCAACGUGUCUCCGUAUCUGAAGACGCUGUCGAUGGUGUCGGCCACCAAGCUGCUGCACCUGCUGGAGGCCUUCACCACGCCGUGGUUCCUGUUCUCGGCGCCCAACAACCACCACCUGGUGUUCUUCCUGCUGGAGAUCUUCAACAACAUCAUACAAUACCAGUUUGACGGCAACUCCAACCUGGUCUACACCAUUAUCAGAAAGCGUCAGGUGUUCCACAACCUGGCCAACCUGCCCACGGAUCACGGCACCAUCGACAAGUCGCUCAGCAAGCGGUCCAAGGCUGAGGCGGUGCGUCAACCCUCCCUGGACGGGUCGUCUCGUGCGCUGGCCGGCGCGGCGGCGGGGCUGGCUGAGCAGGGGGCGCUGAAAGCGACGCUGGCGGCCACACCGCGUAUUGACUCGAUGACAGAGAAGGAGUCAGCCCACCCUCAGCCGGUGAAUAUCGCCGAGCUGAGCCUGGCUGAACCGGCCGGGGUGAGCCGACCGCAGGAAGGCAGCACCUCUGACGCCGGCCACGAGGAAACGGGAGGCGCUGCUGCUGCCGCGGGACAGGCGGGCCCGUCGACCAGUUCCCCGGGUCCCUCCAGUCCCACCCCGACCACCUCCUCCGCUGCCACCUCCUCUGGUACCGGCCGAUCCGCGCCCCCGGAGCGCUGGGUGCCCACCAGCCAGUGGGUGAGCUCGUGGAAGAACAAGCUGCCCCUGCAGACCAUCAUGCGCCUGCUGCAGGUGCUGGUGCCCCAGGUGGAGAAAAUCUGCAUCGACAAGGGUCUGACCGAUGAGAGCGAGAUCCUCAAGUUUCUCCAGCACGGAACUCUGGUAGGCUUGCUACCAGUACCGCACCCGAUUCUGAUCAGAAAGUACCAGGCCAACUCGGGUACCACUCUGUGGUUCAGGACCUACAUGUGGGGAGUCAUCUACCUGAGGAAUGUCGAGCCGCCAAUCUGGUUCGAUACAGACGUGAAACUCUUCGAGAUCCAGCGAAUGUAGGCGUCUUAGCCUCGAGAGACGGAAGAACGUACUUGAGCCAGCAGCUGAUGACUCGUAUGCUUGAUACUGAGAGAAGCAUACCUGGCGCUGGAACAGAAGUUUACCUGAGAAAGAAGUUUACCCGAGAGAGAUGCCUGAGCCGAAGAUGCUUCGGACAAGGCCUGAAUGUCUUAAUUGUUAAGUGCAUCAAGGAGAUGCAAUGUGUGAGUCCUGUCUGCUGAAAUCUUGGAUCUCGUGUGUGGCAUUCCAGGAUUCUGGGGCGAAUAUAUGAUGCAUCAAUAUCUAAUAGGACGAAGCGGUGGGACGUUGUGGAAUAUAUCUGAUUAUCUAUCUAUGUGGCGUUGGAUCCCGGUUAUAUGGUUCAUAGCUUGAAUGUAACCUUGUAUGACUUAUUACGUGGAGUUCUGUAUGAAGGUCUAAGAUGACGAAUAUUAGCCAAUACCCUUAUUAGCGUAGGAAGAAACCCAUAUAAAGAUGUAGCUUAUUGUUGUACCCUACACCCUCAAGCGAUAAGUAUUCACCUACACAAGGUUAAGGGGCUUUGGCUCAUGUAUUUUAUAAGUGCACUGCUAAAAAUGCCUAGAAAUUAUAAAGCUAGAAAGUUCGAUGGAUUAUAUGAACAGUAGCAGCUUGGGACGAAUCUUAGCGUCACGAUGGGGAAAAGCAUGCUAGCCGUAGUGUGGGUAGCUUCCAUGUAAGUCACAGUUAUGCACGUAUACAGUUUUAUUUACGGGGAUCAGUAGUUAAGUGUGAUUUAUUUAUCCCACAUAGGGCAUGCAAUCAUCACUUGUGUAACAUUCUGAAAGGUCCAGAAUGUUAACUCAGUUCUUGGUCAGUGUUUUUUUUUUGCGGUUGUUUCCAUUUCCUUUUAUUUGUGCUGCUAUAAGCUACCUUUUUAUGAAUGUCAGGGCGUUGCCACUAUGAUAAAUGCUAUUAUCUUUUAUGAUUAUAUGCAAACCUGCUCUGGCCGUCGCAAGCGCAGUCAUUCCAUUUCUGUGAACCCAUGUGGUGUUAUGCUUUUAUUGAUCUCAAAAGAGGGAACUGCCGCUUUUAGUUCCAUGAUUACAGUUUCCCGGAGUUCUGGUGGAGAUGAAAAGUUUUCACAACCCAAAGCUUAUUUUAAACAUGGAGCAUGCAGGGUCAUUAAGUGUUGUGUCUCACUUACCUGCUAGAUAAUUACAUCAGACGACGUUUCAUUUGAGGCAACUGCACUUGAUCUCUUUCUCCAGUGACAAUAAUUUGAUUUUCAAGAUUACACCUUGCUUAGCACUGUAUUUGUUUCAUGGUUUGUCCUCUUCAUCAAAUUUAUGAAACACAAAGUGUUAAAUGCUUAUUUUCGCUUGGGUAAGAAUAUGUAGGUCUCAUGCCCAGUUUCUUUAAGCUCACUUCCAUCAUCCAUGCACUUGCCCAGUGCUUAUCGCGUGAUGAUAAAUGUUUGUAAAAAACGACAAUAUAUUCAAAUACACAAUUAAAAAACAGAGCUUUCGGUAACAAAUACCUUGAUCACUGAUCACUUGAUCAGUGAUCAAGGUAUUUGUUACCGAAAGCUCUGUUUUUUAAUUGUGUAUUUGAAUAUAUUGUCGUUUUUUAUAUAUAUCUGUCAUGGAUAACACACAUAAAUGUUUGUCCACACGUGAUCAUGAAUGUCGUAGUAUCUACAGGGGUCUAAACACGGUUCAUGUCUUGUAGAUUGAAUAUUGUUAUUUGAUCAGCUAACGCACACAGACUGUUCGUCGUUAAAAACCAUCUCUAUCGCACUGUAUGUAAUAAUUUCAACGACGAAUUUCAAUGCGAUAAAUCGUUGUGAAUGUAUAGCUUGUGUUAUGUAUGUAUGUGCUUCUGUGUUCUUUUAACUUUUUAUUGUGAUGUGUCAUGAUUAUAGGUAUCUUCCUUGGCACCUUUCUGGCUAUGUGAAAUGUGCAAUGAUAAAGCUUUAUUUUGUUGUGAUUCGGUGUCGGGUAGGGUAAGAAUAUAAAUAUAUUUUGUCGUACUGUUGUCGAA